CGAAGCUGUUGGGCAAUCAGCGGUGAUGGGCUGGAGAGCCGCACGGAGGACCCUCAGUUCCCAGCUGCCAGCGCGCUACGGCAAUCGCCGCUGCUGCAGCACUGUCCGCUGCGGGGCGCACCCAAGUGCCCGCCUGCCUCUAAGCGGUACCGAACACAUGAUGGCACUUGCAACAAUGUGAACCGCCCAAGAUGGGGUUCCACUAUGACCCCUGUCCAGCGUUUCCUUCCCCCAUCUUACUCCGACGGUAUCCAAGCGCCUCGCCGUUCAGUUUUCGGCUCAGCUCUACCCUCAGCCAGAGAGAUCAGCUCCACUGUCCAUGAAGACCAAUAUGUGGAAACCCCGGGUAUAACGCAUCUGCUGAUGCAGUGGGGGCAAUUCUUGGACCAUGAUGUGACGUCGUCGUCGCAGUCGCGAGGGUUCAACGGCUCGGUGCCGCGGUGCUGUAAAGAUGGUGGGCGGGACUUCGUCCCUCGAGAGUUCUUGCACCCCGAAUGCAUGCCGAUCGAAGUCCCCCCCUCCGACCCAUUCUAUGGACCAAAGGGUGUGAGAUGCCUGGACUUUGUCCGGUCGUCACCCGCGCCUCGCGACGACUGUGCCCUGGGCUGGCGUGAGCAGAUGAACCAGGUGUCGGCUUAUAUCGACGGUUCGCCGCUGUACGCCAGCUCGGCGCGACAGUCGGACAAGCUGAGGCUGUUUAGAAAUGGAAUGCUGCAAUACGGACGCGUCCAGAACCGGCGCCCGCUGCUUCCUCCCGAGAGACGAGACGAGCUCUGCCGCGGCGGCGCCGUCUCCUCUGACUGUUUCAAGUCAGGAGACGCCAGGGUCAACGAGCAUCCUGGACUGGUUGCCGCUCACAUUGUGUGGCUUAGGCAGCAUAAUAGAAUGGCGCAAGAACUGGCGCAUCUAAACCCUCACUGGAGCGACGAAAAAGUAUACCAGGAAACGCGGAAGAUUGUCGGCGCGAUGAUCCAACAUAUCACCUACAGAGAAUUCCUGCCAAUCGUAUUAGGUCAAGAAGUGAUGCGUCUGUUCGACCUGGAGCCCUUAAAGAAGGGCUAUUUCAAGGGUUAUAGCCCGAAAAUCAACCCAAGUCCUGCGAGCUCGUUCGGCUCGGCUGCCUUUCGGUUCGGUCAUAGCCUGGUGCAGCCGUCUAUGGUGCGGUACGACCGGUUUCACAGGCCUAUGCAAAACAACGUCUCUCUCCACGACGAACUCACCAACCCAUCCAACAUCUGGAGCAUGGGCGCCGUCGACCGCCUCCUCCUCGGCAUGGUGAACCAGCCAAUCCAGAAACGGGACGAAUUCAUCACAGAAGAACUGACCAACCAUCUUUUCCAAACGCCUUCUUUUGACUUCGGGAUGGAUCUGGCCGCUAUAAAUAUUCAAAGGGGGAGAGACCAUGGAAUAGCACCGUAUACCGCUUGGCGGGAGCCAUGUGGACUCUCGCCGAUAAAUGAGUUUGACGACUUGUUUAGAGUGAUGUCACCGCGUGCUGUGAGGAGAUUACAGGGUCUAUACAGGCACGUGGAUGACAUUGACCUGUUUACGGCAGGCAUGUCUGAAAGGCCGGUUGUUGGUGGCCUAGUGGGCCCUACAUUUGCCUGCAUUAUCGCUCAACAGUUCUCGAACCUUCGGAAAGGAGAUCGUUUCUGGUAUGAGAACGGAGGCUUCGAAUCGUCUUUAACACCGGCACAAUUACAGCAAAUACGUAGGAUAUCGUUUGCCCAAAUUCUGUGUCGUACUCUGGACACUAUAGACAGCAUUCAACCUUUCGUAUUCCUUUCUGCAGACAACACUGACAACGAUCGUAUAUCCUGCCUUAACAGCUUACUAAACAACUUUGAUUUAUCGCCAUGGACUGACGUUAACUCAAGCAAUGAUAUUAGUAAAUCAGACGAUGUUAGCACUGAGCGACCUAAGAGAAAGACUACUACAACCACCAAACGAUCUACAACAAAACGGUUUACAACAAAAAAGCCUCAAAAAUUGACUGCUACUAGUAAAACUCCUCAAAAGAAACCAGUUCCUGAUGCAAAUAAUACUCCUCAAAAGAAACCAGUUCCUGUUGAAAAUAAUACUCAUAAUACAACUAGACCGAAUUCUACACAAAGACAAAAUAAAACUGACAGCAUUAAUGACAAAAACGCAACGUUGACUGACAGAGAUGUGAUAACGACAACUGAACAGACAGUACAAAAGAUAGACGACAAACUUGACUUUAAAAACAAAAGUCGACGAUAUGAAGAAGCUGUCGCGCGACGCAAUUCUAAUAAACCUACAAAACAAUACGGGAAUGACUAUGACGAUGACGAGGAAUUACAUAGUGUACAAUCUGUAGUUAUAAAUAACUUACAACAUAAGCGACCAUACAACAGACCAGUAAUAGCUGUGACUGAAAAUAUUGAUAAAUAUACCUACUUAAUAAAUUACGUGCCUAGACCCACACAGUCUUGGCGAGACACGACAAGAAGAACGACGACUAGACGACCAACAACAAGACGGACGCACGAUAGGGACGUAGUGAAGGUGACGUAUCAGACUUAUGACGACACGUACGGUCGACCCAACAAACCGUAUUACUAUAACAGAUACGACAACAGACAUGACAAUUACAAUAGACAAGACGACAGAAAUGAUAGCUAUGAUAAACAAGACGAUAGGAAUGACAAUUACAAUAGACAAGACGAUAAAAACGACGAUUACAAUAUUAGACUUGAAGGUAAAAAGGAGGAUUAUAACUACAGAGAAAACAGACCUAACACGAACGACAAUAAUUUCUCUUCUGCUAGAUCAAAUGACAAAUUCAAGACAUCUACUACGAAAAUUGACGCAACUAUUGAUAAAAUCGCUGUUACUGACAAUAUUAAACUGACGACUGUAAAUCCAUACAAGCUAGUAACAUUUGGUUAUGUAGGUACAUACAAAGGUGACAUGACAAAUGACAAAGAGACAAAAACUGACUCUACUGAGACAAUUAGACACGAAAUCAUAAGUAAAGACUUCUCGACUUAUGAAGACGACAGACUAGAUACGGACGAAAAGAAAAACUUGAAACUGUCGACAUUUUUCCAUUACGAGACUGCGACUAAACCUUACAACAAUUUGAGACCGACAAGACGAUACGAUGAGGAUCAAAUACCUGACUACUCAAAGACGAACAGUAAAUACUACUUUGUUAGGAACGUUUUACGAAAAUAUCCAGACUCUACUUUGACAGACGAGUCUGUGGACGAGACUAAAAAGAAGGAAAUAUUAAAAGAAAACUAUAACAGCCCAGGGCAACCAAUGCCUGUGAUGAUAGAGGAAAGAUCGUCAGCUGACAAGCUAGCGUUGAUGGAAGAGGCAGAAGAAAAGUCGGUGAUCCCAGAUCCGGAGAUACUGAGGGUGAAGAUCGCUAAGCCAUCAAGUCCGGCUAAGACACCGUCGGUGGCUUUCCAAGUCAUACCCAGUGAAAACAAUCCGUCUCAAUGGGCGACAUAUGAAGAGAAAGACUUGCCCGAGGGUCUGCCGCACCGCAUGCCACCGAUGAAAAUCGACCCAUACGCAUUAAAAGAAAUCCCCAGACCUUUCAACUUCGGUAACUUAAGGAGGCGGCGUCCAGGGAAAAACCACUAAGCCAAACUUUACCUAAUAUCCACCCUUAUUCCUAAACUUUACAAGCUUCCAUUAGUUAAUUUAUGUUCACGUAGAAUUACAGAUUAAAACAAACAAUUAAUAGCUAAUUGAGGCUUGUAGCACGUUUAUGAAAACGCCAUUAGAAUAAAAAGCUUCAUCAAUCAUGAUGUUACUCAAACAAGCUGUAAAUUGUAUUGUAAAUAGGUAGGAAAGCGGACUUAACUUUGUUGACAAUGAGAUUUGUGUCUAAACGACAGACAGAUGAUAAGACUUAAGAAAACAAGUAAACAGUUAUAAUAGGUAACUUGCAAAAACAUUGAAGACAUUAAAACAUACGUACUUAUGUUAAUGUAAUGAGGACGAUACUUCUAAGACUUGGAUUCAGUAAGAUAGUCAAGGAGUUUGAUUUCUGGAUUGUCGCAGUGACAUUCAAAGUUGCAAGUGUUUUCAUCUCGUCACUGACAUAAGGUAUUAAGUGGCACAAAAAUCAAAUUUCUCGACCGAAACAAUAAAACUUGCGCAAUCAACUAUCGUGUCGGCAAGGACAACAAAUACAGGUAGUUAAUGGAAGCAUCUAUGAUGCUCGAGAUAUUCGUGACAUGAAUUACAAUGACGGACGUGACGGGGAGACAGAUGUAUGACUAAACUGUUUUAAAUGUUAUUACUAAAUGACAGCUUAGACAUGAGCUCACUGACGCAAUGAAAUUAUCACAAGGAUCCGAGUAUAAUGAAUGAAAAUAAACUGAAACAACUUUAGACUAUAUAAUUACUGACUGACAGACUUAUAUUUUUGCUAAUAAGACAUGAAUGUGAAUUUAUUUUUGGUUGGACGUCAUGGCAAUGACUAGAUUAGGCUAGAAUGACUAAUAACUAAACCAUAUUGGGAAUGGGACUUUAGAAACAUGACUGACUGAUAGACAAUUAUUUAUUUAUUAUAUUUAUUUAUUUAUUUAAGUAUAGGGUGACAGUUCAGUUUAGUAUGAAAAAUUUAGUUCCAAUUAAAUUCCGCAAUAUGGCGCGUGAUAAGCCUUACCAGUAAUAUAUACUGGUAAGGCUUUAAGGGAAUUGGUAUGUUAUAAACAAGUUGAUAAUUAUGUGACCAACACAUUAAUUCUGGACUGGACCGAAUUUGACUCCAUCAAAAUGACUGAAAGUAGAAUAACUGGCAAAUUAGGCGCAACUGAAUAAAAUGACUGACCGACAGAUGAUUAUGACAAGGUGUCUGAAUUAUUUUUCGACAGAAGACAUUAAGUACAACGGAAACUGACCAUUCGUACUCGGUUCAACAUAUAGGAAUGACGAAUGACUAAGACUAGUUAGUCCUAGGACUAGACUCAGGUAGCUGGUAGAAUGACGAAACUGUCCCAUGUGAAAAAAACUUGAUUAAAAGACAAAUAUCCAAGAUGGCCAGUAAUAUCAAGUAGGUACACUAUGAUUCGACACAAUAUAAUGAAUGACUCGACUAUUAUAUUUAUGCCAAUUAGACUUAAUCUGAACUGAUUGACAUAACUCACUCACAGAAUAGACUACCUAUCUAGUCGUUAUGGGAAUAGAUAAUUUUUUUUAAAUAAGUUAACAUAUUGUAACCGACAAUGACUGACUAAAAGUAAGAAGUAUAACUGAAGACCUGACGGAAACAAGACAAUAAUACAACUCAACAAGACACGACAAUAAGACUGUAAUGAGUAACGACAAGUGUUAUAUGACAAUUAGACAAGUGUUACUGACUGACGCAGCUCACGACCAAAAACUGAUAAUUUCGACCUAGCACGUUUUUACUAGAAUGGACUUUAAAUGACUUUGGCAACUUUUGAGUUUGGCUGAUAUAGACCGACAUAAAUAACUAAAUGGAACGGAAAGAGAUAUUGACUGGAUAGUAUCAUUGACAUGACGACCGGUCUGGCCUAGUGGAUGGUGACCCGGCCUAUGAAGCCGAUGGCCUCUGGUUCAAAUCCUGGUAAGAACAUUUAUUUGUCUUAUCACACAACGUGGAUAUUUGUUCCUGGAUCUGGUUUCUAUGUAUUUAAGUAUUUAUAUAUUAUGUAUAUCGUUGUCUAAGUACCUACAACAAAAGCCUUAUUGAGCUUACUGUGGGACAUAGUCAAAUUGUGUAAUAAUGUCCUAUAAUAUUUAUGUAUUUAUUUAUUGAAACUACAGGUGUCGUUUUAAGUACAUAUAUCGUUGGUACAAAAUAGUAAGUAGGUACCUAUAUAUUAGCAUGACGCUCUGAGACAUAAUGACAGACAUGAAUUAAUUCAUUCUGGUUAAACCUGACAAUGACUGUAACCGAACUCGACUCUAACUGAGACUGACUAUGAGAGUGACACGACACUAAGUGUGACAUGAAUAACUGACUGCAAUGUCGCUUGAAGGUGACAGUAAUACUGCCAUUAACAGUUGCGACUACCUGUCCUGUACCUGAGUAAUUAUACAGAAUAUAAUUGAUUUCGACUAACUGACACUGACUGCAACUGAUACUAAUUAUCAUUUAUACCGAAUAUUACCGACUUUGACUGCAAUGAAUAGCGACUUACUGACAAUACUGACAUUGAUUUUUAAUACGAGUGCAGUACACAUUUUGAAUUUGAGAUUGACGGUCAAAUACUGAUGGUGACUAACGGAUACGAACAAUUGGACAUAUUUAAAAACAGACACUGACUGCAACUUUUUUUAGGUAAUUAGGACUAGCGUCACUGAUUUUAACUAACUAGCAUUGGCCGUCGCAGUCAUUAGUUAAGUGACACUAACUGUUACUGAAUCUUACUAACUGUCUAUAGUCUAGCAAAACAAGUCGUUAGUAGAAAAAUGCCUAAAAUUCAAAAUCUGCAUUGAAGAUCAACACUUAGUGCCUACUUUUUCAGAAUUUCCGUCUUAUUCUACUGAUAAAAUUGGUUUGCUAGACUAUAACACUGACUGUCACUGAUACCUACCGACCAUAACUGAUUUUGACUAACUGACAUUGACUGCAACCAAUACUGACAAUGACUGACGGUAACCGACAAAUUGCUACUGGCUGCAACUCAUACUGAAUGUCUUUUAUAUUGACUAUAACUGAAUAAAACUGGUUUUGACUGCAUCGUAUACGGAGUAACUGAAAUAAUUGAACGUGACUGAAACUGGCUAACAAUGACUGAAUGAAAAUGCAAAACAAACAAUAGCAAAGGACAGUGACUAAUAGAUGACAUUGAUUGACAAAGACGGACUGCUAGAGAUUCUAACAAACUAGAACUAACCGUCAUUGAAUUUGACUAAUUGGCGCUAUAACCGAAUGCUACCGAUUUAUCUGAAGCGGGUAUUGAUUAACUGACAUUAAAAGUUAUUGAUAUUGACUGACACGGACUGAAAGAGACUGCUAGUAAAUGUGAAUAAGCAACUGGCGCUAUAACUGGCUCAUUACUGACUUAUCGGCGGAUAACAACUAACUGACAUUGAAAUUUACUGAUGACUGACAUGGUCUACAUGACUGAAAGUUAAUUUGACUGAGUACAACUGAGCGUCACGUAUUUUGACUAACUGACAUUGAAACUUAUUGAUAUUUACUGACACUGGCUGACUGCUAGAACGACAAACUGACAAUGACUGACGCGGACUGACAGACUGUUAGUUCAUCUAACUACAAUUGACGGUAACUGAUUUUGACAAACUUCUACGGAUAUCGACAAAACCGACAUUGAUUGAAAAUGACAUAUGACUGACUCGUUAAUCGGAUCAACUUAAACUGACCGUCACUAAUUUUUGACUAACUGACUCACAGAUAUUACUGAACUGAUACUGACUUAAAUCCAUUCUGACUUUUCCCUAGCGAUCGCUAAUACUGGCUAUAACUGAUUUUGACUAACAGACAUUGACUACAACUGAAACUGACUAAUGGUAAGCGACAAAUUGCCACUGACUGUAACUUUAUGCAUGCUUUAACCGAGUGAGACCGACUUCGACUGCAUCAGAUACCGGUUAAAUGACACUGAUUAUCUACUUGUGACUAGUUAACCGUCACUAGUACUUACUAUAACUGACAUAAACUAAUCAACAUCAAAGCAAAGAGUUCCGACUAACCGCCAUUGACAGUCACUGAUAUUGAUUAACUGACUCUGACUGUAACUGACUUUGACUGACAUUUGAUUACGACUUCUGAACCGACACUGACUAUAAUUAGUUGCGUAAUAAAAUUGAAAUUGAAUUCACUGGACAAGAGAUACCAACAAUAUCUGUGUGUGACUGACUGUAACAGAUACUGACAAUAAGUGGCACUGAGUGUGACAGUAACUGACUAAAAGUGAUACGGACAACUCACUCGUAAUAACACAUUCACUGCCAGUGCGAGCUACGCGCUACGAACGUAGCCGUAAUACGUGUUUUCCUGUCUGUAGCGCAAAACGCCUACGAACAGAGAACCGGCCUAUCGGGUCGCUGGCAGUAAAUAUUAAACAAACUGAUAAAGACACUGACUGUAACUGUACUAUUACUGAUACUGUUUAACUAACUUGUUAUUUGGCAUUGACUGAUACUGAAUGUCCUAAGUAACUGUGACCGACUGUAAAGGACAGAUACUGACUGAAUAUAUUUAAGUAGGUAUAUUAGAAAAUACUGACAUAACAAAAUACUGACAUAAAAUGAUGACGUUUUAAACUACAAAAUAAAGACCACAACCUGAAUAACCAGCUGAAAAUGUGUGACUGACUGACCUAUUUCAAAAUAAGUCAGGGCCCAUUAUUCUAUAUACAGAUAUUUAAGGAAUUAUUCUUAUGAAUAACGGUUUACUUUAUAUGGACACGGAAUAACGGCCCUUAACAGACUGAGAGUGAUCUAUGUAUGACAAUUAUUUAGUUCAUAAGUUAUUGGUUAAGUAGAAAAGUGAGGUUUCGAAAAAAUCCAUAUUUAUGGAAAAUACAAAGUUGUUCUUAACUUUUCUAUUUAACUGACGAAAUAUAAGAUUGAUUCAAAUAUAGAUAUGUAAGUUUUUAUCAAUGUGGUCAGCAUUUAUUAACCCUUAAAAUUUUGUUUCAAAGGUUUUGUUCACCUUAGCAACUUAGUUUUGUCUAUCUAAUGCUGACUGUACCAAUAUUUAAAAAGAGCAACGAAUUUAUUAACAUUUUACAAUGAUAAAGAAUCUCAUAAUAGUUACGUAAUUAAUAUACUUAAUAAGAUUAUAAAAAGUAAUGUUUUGGUUUUGAUAAUAAAAUCUAACCACCGAUGGUUCUAUAUCUGCUUGUAAACAGUUUGUUAUUAACUUAUCACAGAUAUGAAUAUUGUUUUAUGUAAACUAAUAAAGAACAAUGUUGAUUAUUAUUCAUUAUGUGUAUUUUGAACUUCUAUAAAGUUUAUAAAGUAAUUGAAAAUCCUAA